AUAAUAUAGAUGAUAGACAACAGAUAGAUAACAUUGACCAUGGGGCAGAGGCUGUUUUAAGCAGAUUGCAUGCAUUCAUUUAUGUAAUCUUCACACAACCCAAAUAGAGGGCACUAAAACCUUCCCAUUUUACAGAGAGUGAAACAGAGGAGCAGAGAGGUUAAAUAACGUGCCCAAGGUCAUAUAGGUACUAAACAGCAAUGCUAGGACUCAAGCCACGUGGUCUGGCUACAGAGCCUGUGCUAUUCGCCACAUGUUUCUAUACAGCCAGAAGUUCUUAACAUCUUGGCAAGCCCAGUAAAUGCUAGGGUAGGGAGGAUAGUAGUUUAUACUUGAACACUCCCUGGCUUGUCCAAUUUGCAUUUUAGAACCUCUGGCAGAGAGCACAGCUAAGCAAUGAUCAAAUAGCCUCCAUCCACUAUGACUCUUACUAGUUCUUGAAGCUGCCUACUUCUCUCCAUCCCCAUUGCCACUGCUCCGGUUCAAGCCACCAUUUCUCCACUAAUUAUUGCAGGAGUCUCCUAAUUGGAGAGAGGACGAGAGGCCAAAACAGAAAUAUAAAAGGGGGACAGCCUAGCCAAAGAAUGCACAUACACGAGCUCCAGCAAAUUCUAGAAGCGAGGGCUGGAGAGAGAGGUGGAAGCAGUUAUAAACUCAGGUCCUUAAAAAUCUAGAGAGAGUCAAAAGCAGAGCCAGUAUGAAGACAAUAAAUAAAAUCACUCUGUAAAGAGCAAGCCGCCUGGAUCUGCCCUCGGGGACUGUGGGCCACAGGACUGUCUGCUUCCUCCCUACCUCCUCCAGCCUCUCUGGGGCUUAGGGCUCCUGAUCAGAGUAGCUUGGCUGGCUCCAAUCACCCUCCCUUGUCCACUGGCCUUGCUUUGAUGUGCCCUGGGCAGGGCACUGGGCAGGAAGGAGACUCCUCACAUGAUCCAGCUUAAUCCUCCUCUUCUCCCUUCCCAAGGCUGCACGUUGCAGAAAGACCGCUGCAGCAAUGCAGACCAAAGGGGGCCCACGGUGGGCAAGAAGGGCCCUGCUCCUCGGCAUCCUCUGGGCUACUGCACACUUGCCUCCCCCAGGUGCCUCCCUGCCCCAACGUCUUCCAAGGGCUACAGGAAAUAGCACCCAAUGUGUUAUGUCCCCAUCUUCGGAGUUUCCUGAAGGGUUUUUCACAAAACAGGAGCGUGCAGAUGGAGGCAUCAUAAUCUACUUCCUAAUUAUCCUUUACAUGUUCAUGGCCAUGUCUAUUGUCUGUGAUGAGUACUUCCUACCCUCCUUGGAAAUCAUCAGUGAAUCCUUUGGAUUGUCCCAGAAUGUUGCAGGUGCAACUUUUAUGGCAGCCGGUAGUUCAGCUCCUGAAUUGGUUACUGCUUUCCUAGGUGUAUUUAUCACAGAGGGCGAUAUUGGCAUCAGCACCAUUCUUGGAUCUGCAAUUUAUAAUCUCCUUGGCAUCUGUGCAGCCUGUGGCUUACUAUCUAACGUGGUUUCAACGCUAUCAUGUUGGCCCCUAUUCAGAGACUGUGCAGCAUACAUGAUUAGUGUAGCAGCAGUUCUUGCCAUAAUAUUUGACAACCAAGUUUACUGGUAUGAAGGAACUUCACUGCUUUUGAUAUACGGAUUGUAUGUUUUGGUGCUGUGUUUUGACAUUAAAAUUAACCAAUAUAUUAUAAAGAAAUGCAGUCCUUGCUGCACCUGCCUUGCCAAAGCAAUGGAAGAGAGAAGUGAACAACAGCCACUGAUGGGAUGGGAAGAUGAGGAUCGACCAUUCAUCCGUAGGCAGUCAAGAACUGACAGUGGAGUAUUUCAUGAAGAUUCUGGCUACUCCCAGCUUUCCAUAAGUUUACAUGGUCUUAGUCAGGUUUCUGAAGAUCCACCAAGUGUUUUCAACAUGCCUGAAGCAGACUUGAAAAGAGUUUUUUGGGUACUAUCCCUUCCCAUUAUUAUACUACUUUUUCUAACCACACCAGAUUGUAGAAGAAAGUUUUGGAAAAAUUACUUUGUGAUAACCUUUUUCAUGUCAGCACUGUGGAUAUCUGCAUUUACAUAUAUCCUGGUUUGGAUGGUCACAAUAACUGGGGAAACAUUAGAAAUUCCAGAUACAGUAAUGGGCCUUACUUUAUUAGCAGCAGGAACAAGCAUACCAGACACGAUUGCAAGUGUGUUGGUUGCAAGAAAAGGCAAAGGAGAUAUGGCUAUGUCUAACAUCGUGGGAUCCAAUGUGUUCGAUAUGUUGUGCCUAGGAGUUCCAUGGUUUAUUAAAACUGCAUUUAUAAAUGCAUCUGCUCCUGUAGAAGUGAACAGUAGAGGACUAACUUACAUAACCAUCUUUCUCAACAUUUCAAUUAUUUUUCUUCUCUUAGCAGUUCACCUUAAUGGCUGGAAACUAGACAGAAAGUUGGGACUAGUCUGCCUAUUAUUAUACUUGGGGCUUGCAACAUUAUCAGUUCUGUAUGAACUUGGAAUUAUUGGAAAUAAUAAAAUAAGGGGCUGUGGUGGUUAAUGUUAUGUGGAAAAUGUGAAUGACGGGG